CUGAGGUAUACCAUUCGCCAUGUAAAAGACAGUCUCUUAACUAUGCAGCCAAUCAGAACAUUUCCCCUAUUUUCAUCUCCAGCGCGCUUUUCACACUCUUUUUUACAUAUUUUUUUAAGCAGUCGCGCGUGCGCGUUGAUUUUUUUUUCUUUCUUAAACUUAUCAUGUCGCAGCAGCUUUCUGUAGGUGCCAUCAAGGCCAUUCACUUUGAAGAGAAUUCAAACCCAUUGGCAACCAAUCCAGUUGUUCAAAUAAUCAACAUCAAGGCGCUUCCUGUUAAUGGCGCUACUCGUUAUAGAGCUAUCGUAUCUGAUGGUGUUAACUUUAUGCAAGCUAUGCUUUCUACGCAGCACACAGGUCUUGUUGAACAAGGUCAAAUCAAAAGAAACAGUAUUGUACGCAUUAAGGAAUACGCAUGCAAUAUGCUUUCAAACAAAAAAGUGUUGAUUAUCUUGAAUCUUGAAGUCGUUAUAUCGGACGUGGAUGCUAAAGUAGGCACACCUGUCUCUCUUGAUCCAACCUCCGCAUCUCCAAGCGCAGCUAAUACUCAAUCAAGACCUCAAUCUCAACUCCAACCUCAACAACAACAACAACAACAACAACAACCUUUAUUCAAUAACACAAGUGCUUCCUAUUCCUCUGCAAGUCCAACUUUCAAUUCACCUGGAAACUUUAAUACAAGACCCAACAUGCAACUGGAGUCAUCUCUUACACCUAUCAAGAACAUUAACCCUUAUCAGAGCAGAUGGACCAUCAAGGCAAGAGUUACACAAAAGUCUCAAAUCAAACAAUGGCAUAACAACAGAGGCGAUGGCAAACUGUUCAGUUUGAACCUGCUGGAUCAAAGUGGUGAAAUCAAAGCGACCGCUUUCAAUGAUCAAGUCGAUCGUCUUUACCAUAUGCUUGAAGAAGGAAAAGUAUAUUAUCUGUCUAAAGCUAGGGUAACUAUGGCCAGAAAGCAGUUCUCUACCUUGGACAACGAAUAUGAAUUGACACUUGAAGCAGGCACAGAAAUAGAACUUUGCUCUGGCGACUCUGCUAUUCCUCAAAUGAAUUUUAAAUUUGUCAAGGUCUCUGACUUGGAUAAUAUCGAAGCGGGCUCAACUAUAGAUAUCAUGGGGGUUGUGAUUCAAGAUAACGGGGUUACUGAAAUCGUUACCAAGUCUACAGGCAGACCCACAAAGAAGAGAGAAUUAUCAAUUGUUGAUGAAAGUGGCAAAUCUGUUCGCUUGACCAUUUGGGACAAGACAGCCGAAGAAUUUGAUUCAAAUGAUUCUCCUAUCAUUGCCUGUCGUGGUGUUCGUGUCAGUGACUUUAAUGGUAGAUCCUUGUCUCUAUCUGCUUCUGGCACGCUCAAGACAAACCCAGACAUCCCAGAGACACAACGACUGCGUCAAUGGUUCAACAGCAAUGGUAACAAAGACUUUGGCACGUUUAGUAAUAGCGGCGCAAUGGGUGAGAAUAUGUCGCGCCCAACCAACAAGGUUAAUCUCUUGCAAGUCAGAACAGAAGACUUGGGUUCUGGUAUUCGACCUGACUAUUUUUCGUUCAAGGGAACCGUGGCCUAUAUCAAGCAAGAGAUGUUAGCUUAUCCUGGCUGUCCUGAAUGUAGAAAGAAGUUGCUUCAAGAAGAAAACGGAUGGCGCUGCGAAAAGUGUCAAAAGACCUUUACGACACCCGAAUGGAAGUUUAUUUUGACCAUUGGUGUGAAUGAUCCUACGUCUCAGCUCUUCUUUAAUACAUUUGACGAUGUUGGACGUGCUCUUCUUGGUAUAUCUGCUAAUGAAUUGAUGGAAAUUAAGGAUAAUGAUAUCUCGCAAUUCCAAAAGAUCUGUGGUAGGGCCUUGUUUAAGUCUUACCACUUUAAGGCAAGAGCCAAGUCUGAAACAUACAAUGAUCAAAGUCGUACCAAAUAUACAAUCAUGGAAGCACAUCCUAUUGAUCCUAUCAAGGACGGUCAAGAAUUAGUGGAUGAAAUCGAGAAGCUUCUUGUAUAAAUCGUUUACAUAUAAAAAUAAAGAAAUUAUGUCACUGUUU